UUAACAGGCACAGAACAGAGCAGUGACAACAAGCUGCGCAGCGGAGAGAGAGCUCUGACAUGCUGACAACACAAUCAACUAAGAUGUAUCUACUGCUGAUGGUGAUGUCGGGUUUUAUGGCAACGACAGCUGCUCAGUCCCGUUGUGACCCAGAAACUCAAUAUGAGCAGGGUAACCAGUGCUGCAAAAUGUGUGGUCCAGGCACCAGUAUGACGAGUCUCGGCACUUGUCAGGAACCUCAAUGCAAAGAAUGUGGGCUGAAUGAAUAUCAGGAAACUUAUACAGAAAAAAACAAAUGUGAACGUCAGCCAUACUGUGACCCAAAUAAAAACUUUCAGGAGAACGUCAAAGAGAGCAAAGUCAAAAAAAGCCUCUGCAUAUGUCAAGUGGGAUUUCACUGCUCCAGUGAGGCAUGUAUAACCUGUGUGCCUCAUACAACCUGCAAACCAGGAUAUGAGGCUCAGUCCAAAGGCAAUCAUACGCAUGAUACAGUGUGUGGGAAAUGCCCUAAAGGCACAUUUUCCAAUGAGAGCUCAUGGUACGGGCUCUGUAAGAAAUGGACAGAAUGUCAGAAUGGAUACCAUAUUCAACAAAACGGAACAGACAUAUCCGACAACAUCUGUGAGGAAACCAAACGGGGACAUGUAGUUGUGAUCUGUGUUGUGGUUUUUAUGAUUGUGGCUAUGGUAGUAGCUGCAUUCAUGUGUUUAAAAUGGAGAGGUACACGUGACGCUAAAGGAAAGGUAAAGAUCUGUGUUGAAUCAUGCCUGGGAGAAAAAAAGGAGCCACUGAGAGAAUGUACUAAUGUGCUAAUAACGACCCCAACUGAUCAGACUGAUGAAGAGUCCACCUUACCGGAGGUGCAGACCUCACAAGAAGAGGGUUUUGGUAGGACACCGGAAGAAAACGAGGACGAACUAAGCCAGGAGAUGUCAACAGAUGUAGUUUUUACUGAAAACGGAAACUUUGUGACACAAGAGAAUGGGAAAACAGAAAUCCUCUCCCGUCAGGAGUCGCAAACGCAGACAUUUACAGACUAAAAACGGCUGUCGCUGAGGUAUCCAUUAUUGCUAGUGUGAAAUUCUGAAUGUUAAGUAUUGUUGCCCCAUGUUUCACUUGUAUAUAAUUCACCACCUAACGAUGUAUAUAGUUUCCUUAAGUGUUAAUACAUUUCCGUUGUGUGCUGAAGUGAAUGUAAUGUGUAAUUAGAAGAUAGUGGUUUAUAUGACUUACCUGCAUUAGUUGUACAGUUGGUAGCAUUAUUAAAGUUGUGGGCUAAUUUGUUGCUGUGUGUUUAUAUUGUAUUUUGAUGUAGUCAUCCUAUUUUAUUGAAAUUCUUUAACAAACAAUUAUGUACAUAUUUGCAUGAGUUACAAUUGAGUGUUAUGGUGAUAACUGUGCAUGCAAGCAUGUCAUUUUUUACUUGCAAUAAAAUGUAAACCACUUGAA